AGCCAGACAUGUCUGGAAAAAAUUCCAUACAAGUGGGCAUUAAAGUGCGACCACUGCUAAAAAAGGAAAAGGAUCAACAGCCGCUGUGGCGGGUAGUGAAUAAUUCGAUUCAACAAGUGGACUCACAAAGUGAUCCAUAUUAUUUUGAUCACAUAUUCGAUCAAGAUGCCACAAAUCAACAGAUAUUCGAUAAAAUGGCCAAACAUAUUGUCCAUGCGGCAAUGAAAGGUUUUAAUGGUACCAUAUUUGCCUAUGGCCAAACUUCAUCAGGAAAAACCUAUACUAUGAUGGGUGAUGAUGACAAUCCUGGUGUUAUGGUUUUGGCUGCCAAGGAUAUAUUCCGUGAACUUGAGCAACUCUCUGUACAUAGACAAUUUCUUCUCAGAGUUGGUUAUAUCGAAAUCUAUAAUGAGAAAAUAUUCGAUUUACUAAAUAAGAAAAAUCAGGAUUUAAAAAUCCAUGAAACCGGUAAUGGCUUGAUCACAGUUAACUGUGAAGAAAGUAUUAUAACCUCGGAAGAGGACUUGUUAUAUCAUCUGACUCAGGGUAGCAAGGAACGUACUGUUGGCGAGACCAAUAUGAACGAAAGAUCCAGUAGAUCUCAUGCCAUAUUUCGUAUUAUUAUUGAAUCACGAAAAGUGGAUCGCAGUGAAGAUGAUGCCGUCAUUCAGAGUGUUCUUAAUCUUGUCGAUUUGGCUGGUUCAGAGCGGGCCGAUCAAACGGGUGCUCGUGGUACCCGCCUCAAGGAGGGAGGUCACAUCAACAAAAGUCUUUUGUUUUUAAGUAAUGUCAUUAAACGCUUGUCGGAAAAUGAAGAUGAUAAAUUUAUUAGCUAUCGUGAUUCGAAGCUAACGCGUAUAUUGCAGGAUUCAUUGGGUGGUAAUGCUUUGACAGCAAUUAUAUGUACCAUAAAACCAACAGCAAUUGAAGAGACUCAAUCGACAUUGAGCUUUGCAAUGCGUGCCAAAAGUAUUAAAAAUAAACCUCAAGUUAAUGAAACUGUAUCAGAUGCCACAAUGAUGAAACGUUUAGAACGUGAAGUUAAAUUGUUGCGUAUACGUUUGGCCGAAGAACAAAAGAAAAACGAAAGUCAAAUUAAAGUACGCCAGUUGGAACAACGGAUACGCAAUGAAGAUUUGAAAAUUAUCUCGUGUAAUUCAUUGCAUAGAAAUCGUGAAAAACGACGUCGUACCUGGUGUCCUUCAUCCAAUUUAAAUACAUCGAAUAUACCAUCGGCAUUACCGGUACCAACGGCUUUGCCAACACCAUCAGCAUUACCGGUACCAUCAUUUCAUAAUGGUUCGAAUAAUGGUGGGGCAAUGCCUCCAUCACGUCUACAACCACCAAAAGCAUUUUAUUUUACACCAUUAAUUACGUGUCGACCUACGGAGCCACCUCCCGCCCCAAAACUGUCGACGGAAGAAAUGAUUACAGAACUGGAUGAGGAAUUUGCUCCGGCUGAAAUGAUAAAUUUCGAUAGGUUAUCGCCGUUAUUAACGCCCAAAACGAAUAUGCCACGAUCUAGCAUGACCCCCAAGGUUACAUCAAAUUCAAAAUUAGCUUUAAAAUCAAUUGAACAAGAUUUGAUGGAAUUACAAAGCUUUACUAAUUUGGAGGAUCGAUGUGAGGUUCAACAUGAAACGGAUUUAUCAUUGAAACAAAUGGUCAACUCAUUAACGAAUCGCAUAUCAUUACUUGAAAGCGAACGAAUCGAAUAUAUACAACUGAAAGAUGAAAUAACAAUUACACGAGAACAUUUAACCGAAUAUGAAACGAAAUGUGAUGCCCUUCAAAUCCAAAUCAGUAAAUUAACAUCAGCCAAUAAGAGUGCCAAUGACAAAAUAGCCAAAUAUGAAUUGGAAUUGGCUGAGCUAAAGAAAACCAAUGAAAAAUUGGAAAUGGAAAAUCGUGAAGCUGUAAAUAUUGAAUUUGAGUUUGAUCGACACAAGAAUAAAUCAAAACUACGAGAAAACGAAUUACUUGAAGCGCUCAAGGAAAAAGAACGUGAAGUAAAUCAGCUGGAGAAGUCACUGAAGACCUUGACCAGUGAAAAAUUCACAAAUUCCAAAGAGGAACUAUUGCAACUGUCGCUAACCGAAUCGAAUAUCGAUGAGAAUGGUAAAAUUUGUGUUAAAUGUGAAGAUUUGCAACGUCUGUUAGCCGAUAACGAAAAAGUUACACAAGAAUUUACCAAACUCACUCUAGAAUACGAACAGUUGCGCAUCAAUUAUCAGGAAAUUGAAAAAGAAAAUCAAGAAUCAAAAUUAAAAAUUGAAGAACUUGAAGAGUUACAAAAACGGGAACGUAACGAAUGUGAACUAUUGCAAAGGGAUCUGCAAUUGCUGAGAGAGAAAUUGCAAGAUAUACAAAAAGAAUACGAGCAGGUGAGCUCGGAAAAUUCUGCCAAAUCUGAAGAAUGUAUGGCCUUAAACCAUCAAGUCGAAUUGGCAAGACAAGAAAUGGUGGUGUUGCAGGAGAAAUACAAUAGCUUGGAAUUAUCAUGGCAAGAACAGCAAAAGACCUUGAAAGAUAUCGAACAACAAUAUGCUGAAAUUGAAAACAAAUAUAAAAAUUUACAAUUGGAAUAUGAAGAAUUGGAGAGGAGUAGUAGUGGUAAGGAACAAUCCUCCAUCACGGCCUCGGUGACAGAUUGUGAACGUUUGCAGAAGGAGAAUUUGGAGCUGCAAAGUGAAAUUGUGGAAUUGAAACACAAGGUACAAGAUGUCCAGCAGCAGUUAUUGGAGAGGGGAGCACCCGGUGACAAGGAAAGGCAGGAGACGGAUGUACAGGAGGAAGUGGUUUCCUCAUCGGGCACUGCAAAUCUGGUCAAAGAAAACGAGCAACUCAAAUCUCAGCUAUUGGAUUUACAAACACAAUUUGAUGAUUUACAGCGCGAAUAUGAUGAUCUAUCAAAUCAGUUGAUGGACAACCUGCAAGAGAGUGAUACACUCAAGGAACAAAAUCUGAAAUUGCAGGAAGAAGUUAAGGCUUUGCAACAAAAUUCCUCUGAGGUAUCCAAGGCUGAGGCUCAGAUUUGUGAAUUGAAAUCCCAGCUGGAAAAGGUUUUGGGCCAUGAACGUAGAUCCAUGUUGUGUACCCCGUCGCCUGGACGCAACUCCUCCAUGCGUAGCUCAGGCGUAUGCAUCGAAGAAGAAUAUGGCGAGUUUGAGGGUAGCCCCUGUCCCGAAGAUGAGUUACUAAAGAAAUUCCAACAACUUUCCGAAUCAUUGACACAAAUUGAAUUGGAACAACAAAAUGGCCAGAGAAGAAUAUUCAAGACGCCUAAAACACAAGGAGGAGUGGGUGCACAACUGACGCCAAACUACAAAUUAUAUUUGCGCAAUAUAAGCGGUGUAAAUAGAAUUCAAAAGAGUUUCCUGGAAGAAAUGGAAAAUGUACAGCUGCAGGGUUCAUUCAAACAGCAUUCAUUCCACAUUGUGGAAUUAAAUGAAAAACAAGAAGGAGAACAGGAGAAGAAUGAGAAGGAGGAAGAAAAUGGGGAGAAGGAGAAUGUAAAUGGCGGUGAGAAUGGCAAGGCAAAUAAUUGUGAUGGUGAAAUAGAUGGUUGUGAAAAUUGCAUGGAUUUCAUAGUUAGACUUAAGGAACAAAUAUCCCAGUUGCGUUCGUUGAAUGAGGAGGAACGUCAAAGCAAUAAGGCUCUGUUGGAGAAUACCGAACGUACCCUCAGCGAAAUGCGCGAACAAAUUACCCAGUUGUCUGCUGAACUCUUGGAAAAAUCCAUAUUUGUGGAGAAGUGUGCCUGUAAGACAUAUCAGCAGCAAAUUGAAACACUCGAGAAAGAAAAGGCCGAUAUGACUGUGGUCUUUGAGGAGCUGCAGGAAAAGGUUAACAAUUGUACCUUUGAUUCAUCGAUGCUGAUGAUGAACUGUACCCUAAAUGGAGAGAUUGCUAAACCACUAAUUCCUCCCCCACCCAUCAAUGAUUUGCGCCGAGAAUUGGAGAACUUACAAGCCAAGGAACGAGAAAUGGCCGAAACGCUGGACAGCCAAACAAGUAUGUUGGAAGAUUUAACACAACGUAAUUUGGAUUUGGAAUCCGAUAUGAAGGCGGCACAAGAUCUAUUUGACGAGAAGGAGAAACAGUAUAAAGAACGCUGUCAACAACUGCAACUGGAAAUGAUGGAGAAAUUGGAAAUGUCCGCAAAUGAAUAUCGGGAUAAUAUUAAGAAAUACAAUGCGGAAUGGGAGAAUCGGAAGGAUGCAUAUGAGGCUACUAUAAAAGAGCAGGAAGAGCAAUUGCAAAAAUUGCAACAAGAAAAUGAAGAGAUAAGCCGGCAGGCUCAAGAGCUGCAGGAGCAAAUGGAAAAGGUUAAAAAUGAAUAUAAUCAAUUGCAGAGUGAAUAUGUGCAAUCCAAAGAGGAGGGUCAGGGUGAACAGGCAGAAAACCAAGAGCUCCAACAACUCCGAACGCAAUACAAUGAAUUGCAAUCGCAACAUGAACAAAUUUUAUCACAACUCAAGGGGGCGGAGCAGACAUGCCAUACCGUGCGAGAGGAGUUACAACAUCUCACACACAAUUUCGAAGAAAUACAAGCUCAGCGGUUACAACUGCAAGAGCAGUGUCGCCAACAGGAGCAGGCUUUACGCGAAUUCCAAGAGGAACAACAAAACUCCCAGGAAAUGGCAAAACUUCAGGAAGAGUACAAACAAAUUCAAUUACAAUUACAACAAGCCUUGGAGGAAAUGAAAGAAAAGGAAGACAUUUGCGAAAAAUCUCAAAAAGAACUCCAAGAUGAAAAAGAAAAGCUAAUAAAAUUGCAAGAAGAAAAAGAGGCCAAGGAAAAAGACUAUGAAAAUCUGCAAGAUCAACGGCAGCAAUUGCAAAUGGAAUACGAUAAAGCCUUGGAAACUCUUCAAGCCAAUGAGGAGUCCUCCAAUACUCUAGGGCAAGAAUUGCAGGAAAUCAAACAAAACUUUGCCACAUUGCAGGCUCAAUAUUUCGAAAUGGAAGAGCAACAAAAAACCUCCGAGGAAAUUCGCAAAGAUUUAGAGGCUCUCAAAGAAAAAGAAGCCACCCUGCUAAAGGAAAAAGAGGUGCUCGAUAAGGAAUUACUACAGCUAAGAGAAGAUUACAGGGCCCUCAACGAACAACACAACGAAAUAGUUAAAGAAAAGAUGGAAAUCGCCGAUGAAAAAGAAGAAAUACAACAAAAACUUUCACAAUUGCAGGCGGCACUCAGCAGCAAUGAGGCACAACAGGAAGUCUUAAAACAAAUCUCCGAAGAAAAAGAUCAAUUGGCUUUGGAGCGGCAACAAAUUCUACAAAAGCUUCAACAAGCUGAAAUGCAAAUUCAAGAUCUGUGUAAAGAAGAUUCUGCACGCGAAGAGAUCAUCAAAACAUUCCAGGAAAAAAUUGCCACAUUGGAAGCAGUGCAAAAUGAAAAAGAAGAUGCCGAAAAGCAAAAAACCGAAUUGUCCUGCCAACUUCAAUCGCUUAACGAAGAAAAGGAAAAUUUGGAAAAAGAACUAGUGGAGCUAAAAGAAACCAAAGAAAGCGGAGAAAAACUCUCUGAAAUGCAUUUGAAUACCUUGAGAGAGGAAAAAAUCACAUUGGAGGAACAAAAAUUCCAACUAGAAGAACAAUUAAAGAAUCUACAGUCCGUCGCAGAGGAGAAAGCCUCCUUGGAAGAGCGUGUAAGUCAGCUAACGGAGUUAGAAAAUAAAAAGGCCACCUUGGAAGAAAACCUUCAAAUGUUAAUGGAAGAAAAAUCUUCAAUGGAAUCUAAUCUAUCUGAACUAACUGAAGAUAAGCGGUUACUGGCAGAAAAACUUCAAGACCUGUCAGCGUUACAAGAAGAAAAACUUUCCUUGGAGUCACAGCUUAAGGAUUUGAAAGAAGAAAAAUCCUUAACUGAAGAAAAACUCAAGUCAUUGGAAAUUAUUGUGGAGGAAAAAUCUUUGUUGGAAAAGCAAAAGUCUGAGUUAGAAGAAAAGCUGCAAAUUUUAGAGUCUGUUAUGGAAGAAAAAUCUUCAUUGGAAUCUAAAGUUACAGAACUCUAUGAAUUGCAAAAACAAAAACUUUUGCUUGAAGAAAAUCUGAAAACUCUAGAAACCUCUAGCGAAGCGGAAAAGAAGGCCCUCGAAGAACAAAUUCAAGAGAUUGAAAAACAAUACAAAGAAGAACUCCAAGAAAAGCAAAAGACCAUUGAUGAGCUUUUGGAAACUAAAAAGGCUCAAGAAGCAGAAAAGCUUGGCCUACAAGAACAACUAAAAUCACUCGAAGAACAAUUGCAACAACAUCAAGCAGAAAAAGAACAACUCCAACAAGACUUACAAGAUCUUAAUUCCCAAAUAACGCAGAAAAAUGAAGAACUCAACACCUUCAAAGAGAGAGAAACUGACCACUUAAAGGCCUAUGAAGACCUACAAGCACAACUAAAUACACUCACAACCACAAGUGCAAGCUUGGAAUUGGAGAAGUGUAAUUUAGAACAAAAUCUCCAAAAAUGUAAUGACGAAUUACAAAAAUUGAGAAACGACAGCGGUAUUCUCGAAACUCAGUUAUCGCAAAUAACUGAAGAGAAAAAAUCUCUCUCUGAAAAAUGUUCUCUACUUUCCGAAGAGAUUACAACGCUCAAGAAACAAUUACUUUGCCUCAAAGAAAAAGAGAAGGCUGAAGAAUUGCUGGAACAAAUGAUACAAGAAAAAGCGGAGCUAACACAAAAUCUACGUUUAACCAAUGAAAAAUACGAAGCCAAACAACAGGAGUUCCUAAAUCUACAACAACAAUUUGAAACUAAUAAUCAUCAAAUGGAAUUGUUGAAAACCUCUCUCAUAAACGCCAGUAAAGAAAAUGAAACCCUAGAAAGGGAAUUACAACAAUAUCAAGAACUUUCUGCGGAAAAAGCUAAAUUAGAAGCCUCAUUAAUUGAUCUCCGAAAUGCGAAUUCUGAAAAGUUGUGUGCCCUACAGCAAGAAAAAGACACAAUGCAAAUUACCCUCACCAAAUAUGAACGUGACAUAUCCCAAUACAAACAACAAGAAAACACAUUUACUCAAAAACUUGAAAGACUCUCCCAGGAGCUGCAUGAAACACGUUCCAAGGCCAAGUCAUAUGAAGCUCUCCUGCAAGAACAUGAAGAGGUUGAACGUUCUCUUAACCAGAUAUCACAAAAGAAUUCCGAACUUACGAAUGAAAUUAAAAAUUUGAAAUCCCUAGCCCAACAGCAUGAAGAAACCUCCAACAAACAAACCGAACAAAUCCAUGAACUUGAAACAAAACUUAUGCAAGCUUCACAUGUGGAAAAGGAACUUCGUUCUCAACUUAAUUCUCUACAACAGCAGUUACAAUCUUCACAAUCCUCGCUACAGCAUGAAACCGUAGAACUUAAAAAUUCUUUGGGUGAAUUACAAUUGAAAUAUACCUCCCUUCAAACAACCAAUGAACAAUUACAAAUUGUUAACAAACAAUUGGAACAACAAGUGUGCGAAGCGAAUCUAAAAUUGCAAGAAGCUGCAGUGUUGCAAAAUCAAAUUACCGUCUUGAAAGCAGAUUAUCUUGAAAUGCAACGUAAAAUGGAAGCCACCGUUGAGGAAGCUGGUCGCUGUAGUCGCAACUUACGUGAUGAUCUUCAACAUCAUAAGGAGUUAUUGGAACGUCAAUUGGAAAGUUAUAACACUCUGAGAACGGAAAUGACAACAAAAAAACGUGCAUUUGAAGAAGAAAAACAGCAGCUAACCACCACCAUUGAAACUCUGCAAGCAACAACUGCAUCCUUGGAGGGUAAAAUACGUGAAAUUACCAUCAACAAUUUGAAUAUGGAUAGACAAAACUUGAAUAUAUCAGGCAAUACAUCCAUGGAUUUUGUAAAUACUUCGUCAAAUUCACCAAGGCCAAGAAAGAGUUUAGAUGCAUCGGAUAUUAGUGGAAAACGUAAAAAUCGACGUUUGAGCACAUUCGAUGAACGGCGAUGUGGUAUUGAACAGGAAAAAGGAACAAUGACCGAUCCACAGGAACCCUGCAAGUGUGAGGAGUUGGAUCGUAAACUCAAAGAAUGUGAACGUAAUUUAUUCAUUCGCGAAAGUCAAGUCACUGCUUUGAGUAUGGAAUUGAAAAAUCAUCCAUUAAAGGAUGAAAAGGCCGCAUUGAUGAAACGACUACAAGAGGAACAGGAAAAAAUGAAACGCUACAAGCAGAAAAUCUAUGAACAGACACAAAAGACGGAAAAAGCAAUGGCAGCAUUGGAAAAGGCCCAGGCUCAGCUUCAACAGCAAGCAGCAGCGGCACAGUCGUCUUCUGCCGAAAAGAAAACAACAGCAUCAUCAGAAACUGUUGCCACGCCUGUAAUUGUAGUGCCCGACACCACAGAUGUUGAAACCCAAACCGAUGGUGAUAUCAGCACCUCCUUUAAUGCCUUGCAGGGCAAGUAUAAUGAUUUGAUAAACAUCUGUCGUUAUCGCAAGGAUCGCAUCAAAGAGCUAGAGGAGAGAAUAUCACAAAAAGAAAAUACCGAUGGUAAUUCAAUGAAUACCCUGGAAGCGACACAAAUGAAAAUGUUGAAGAGUCAAUGUGAUUCCAUGAAAAAGGAAUUAAAUCUACUUCGAGAAAAAUAUGAAAAUGCAAAAAUUGUUCUACAUACACGCCGUGAAGAAAUCCAGAGACUGCGCUCGCAACUUGGGCAAUAA